GGCCGCUUGCUCGGGGCUCCUCGCUGCCGGAUGGCCGCUGGCUCCUUGGCAGCUGGCUUUAUGGACCAGCGCGCAGAGGAGAAUUGACGCCGACAAGACGUGCAUCUUGGAAGGGACUGGCGUCCACUGUAGGGAAGAACAGAACCUCUCAAUCAGGCGGGUGUAAAUAAGAGACCGAGGGGAGUCCCAGAGAAAAGGAAGAGGAGGGAGAGCGAAGUGUGUGCAGGGGGGAGCGGGGCAGAGCAUUUUUGGUGGAUGGUAUGAAGCCAGCCAUGGAAACUGCAGCCGAGGAAAAUACUGAACAAAGCCAAGAGAGAAAAGUGAACAGCAGAGCUGAAAUGGAAAUUGGCAGGUACCACUGGAUGUACCCAGGCUCAAAGAACCACCAGUACCAUCCCGUGCCAACCCAGGGGGACAGGGCUGGCCCCUUGAGCAGUCCAGGUUGCUUCGAAUGCUGCAUCAAGUGUCUGGGAGGAGUGCCCUAUGCCUCCCUGGUGGCCACCAUCCUCUGCUUCUCCGGGGUGGCCCUGUUCUGCGGCUGCGGGCAUGUGGCUCUCGCUGGCACCGUGGCGAUUCUUGAGCAGCACUUCUCCACCAAUGCCAGUGACCACGCCCUGCUGAGUGAAGUAAUCCAGCUGAUGCAGUAUGUCAUCUACGGAAUCGCAUCCUUCUUCUUCUUGUACGGUAUCAUUCUGUUGGCAGAAGGCUUUUACACCACAAGUGCAGUGAAGGAGCUGCACGGUGAGUUCAAAACCACCGCCUGCGGCAGAUGCAUCAGCGGCAUGUUCAUUUUCCUGACCUACGUGCUCGGAGUGGCCUGGCUUGGUGUCUUUGGUUUCUCGGCAGUGCCCGUGUUUAUGUUCUACAACAUAUGGUCAACCUGUGAAGUCAUCAAGUCUCCACAGACCAAUGGGACAGCGGGCGUGGAGCAGAUCUGCGUGGACAUCCGGCAAUACGGUAUCAUUCCCUGGAAUGCCAUCCCCGGGAAGAUUUGUGGGUCGGCCCUGGAGAGCAUCUGCAACACAAAUGAGUUCUACAUGUCCUAUCACCUGUUCAUUGUGGCCUGUGCGGGAGCUGGUGCCACCGUCAUUGCCCUGCUGAUCUACAUGAUGGCUACUACCUAUAACUAUGCGGUUUUGAAGUUUAAGAGUCGGGAAGAUUGCUGCACUAAGUUCUAAAUUGCAUAAGGCCAAUAAGGAGCUUUAGAGAGCUCUCCUCUGUAGCAUGAAGUCUCACUGACACCCUAGACUAAAGCAGAGCUAGGUUUCUGCAGUUUUGUUCCAGUAAUUUGUACAUAGCUUUAGUGAACUCAUUUUGCAUGAUAGAGUAAUAAAAAGACUUACUGUCCAUGAGUUACACAAUAAUGAGAACUGGCUACUUGCAUUUUUUUUUUUUUUAGAAGGAUCAGUUAUUUACUGACGUUGGUCAGUAGCCCUGGUGGAAAAUGGCUUUCUUGAACUUAACCUUCACGCAGUAUCUCUAAAUGCGGUAUUAAAGCUUGAGAAUGCCUGCAUCUUCCACUACCUUGGCUUUUGCUUGGUGACCAGUUUGAGCAAUGAGAAUGAAACGGGCACUGAAGGUGAAGCAGAGUGCUGUGCUCAUCUGGAUUUUGUUUUCUGUCACACUUGCUUUCUGGAACACAAGUUGCAAAUGAACUCUAAAUU